UAAAGGCUAUCGCAGACAAACCGUGACUUCAAAGUUGAUAAAAAUAUUAGGGUAUCAUAUAAGAUCGAAUGAAGCAUAUAAAAAUAGUACUUUUUAGACUAUUUAGUUUUUAUUCAUUAGAAUUAUAAAUUGUGUAAAGUUAAUAUUGUGAAAAAAUUAUUUAAAAUAAUGGAAAUUACGAAAGUUAUAUGGAGUUGGAUUUAUCGUCUAUAUUUCCAUUAUCAAUUAAUAACGUGCUUAUAUAUGUUUGAACCAUGGGAACGAUGUGUUUUAAAUAUAUCAAUUCUUCUUACAACAAUGUUGGUGGUGUAUUCAUCGUAUACUUAUUUACCUGAUUAUACAGUUUCGUUACUAUCCAAUUUAUCUGAUGUAACUAGCAUAAAUUUUCAAUCAUGGUCUAGUUUAAAUGUACAAAGUAUACGUGAUUUGUAGAUUCUAUUUAAGCUAUGGAAAACUAUACAAUUAUUGGAAAAAUUGGUGAAGGUGCUCAUGGUGUUGUAAUAAAAGGACGGAUUAAAUCAACCGGACGUAUAGUUGCAUUGAAAAAAAUUGUUAUAAAAAAUUUAAAAGAUGGUAUACCAGUAAAUGUUUUCAGAGAAAUACAAUGUUUGAAGCACAUUAAUAGUAAAUAUAUUGUUGAACUAUUAAAUGUAUUUGCACACGGUUCAAAUGUUGUUCUGGUAUUUGAGUAUGCUCCUUCUGGAUUAUGGGAAGCCUUACGUGAUAAUGAUCGACCUUUAACUAUACCUGUGAUCAAAAGUUAUAGUUGGAUGUUGUUACAAGGCGUACAAUACUUACACAGUGUUCGAAUUAUGCAUCGGGAUUUAAAACCAGCUAAUUUAUUAAUAACAUUUAAUGGUGUAUUAAAAAUAGCCGAUUUUGGAUUAGCUCGAUUAUUCUUUUACGAUACUAUCGAAACAAAAGAUAACGCUGCACAGAAUUUCAAUGAUAAUGAAAUUAAAAAACUAGAUAGUAAUCGUGACAAUGAAAUCAAAUAUAAAGAAAAUCGUAGACAAUAUUCACAUCAAGUUGCAACGAGAUGGUAUCGAGCACCCGAACUAUUAUAUGGAGCUAGAAUUUAUACCCAUACUAUUGACUUAUGGGCUGUGGGAUGUAUUAUUGGUGAAAUGAUUAAAAAGUCUCCUGUAUUUCCUGGCGAAACAGAUAUUGAACAACUUGCAAUAAUAUUAAAAUCGCUAGGAACUCCCACAGAAGAUUCAUGGCCUGGUUUAACAUCCUUGCCUGAUUAUGAUAAAAUAAGAUUUCCAAAUUCUGAUGGUUUACCAUGGGAAACUAUUAUAUCAGACGAUUGCAGCGAUGACGCUUUAAAUUUAAUUCAAUCUUUUCUACGGUAUAAUGCUUCAGAAAGAAUAUCAGCUUCUUCCGCUUUGGUACAUCAAUUUUUUACUAAUGAUCCACAACGUGCUUCAUUAAUAAUGAUGCCGAAGCCACAAGAUGGUCAUCGAUUAAAAGUUAAUAAAAAUACAUUUAAUAUGUCAAGCUCAAAGACUUUAGUAAACAAUGAUUAA